AAUAUAUAACUAUUUAUUAUCGUUUAGUGUGCAGAUAAUAUCAACAUUCAAAGUAGUAGUGCACCGGAACUGCAUCAGAACCACCACCGCCGGCGCCGUUACAGGAACGGAUCGAUCGAUCUCUUGAUUUAUUUACGGCGGUUAGAUAAUCUCGUUCUUUCUUCAGUUCCGGUCAUAAUUCGGUUUCCAAUUAGCAACCAAAGAUUAACUCAUUAUCUGUAGCAUAGCUCUUCUGAAAUCACUUAUUUGUAGUUGUGAUAAUGAAGAAUGGGGAGCGAGCUGCAAAUGUUGCUUUAGCCGUUCUAACAUUGGCGCCAUUAGUUGUGAAAGUAGAUACAAAUGUAAAUGUUAUAUUAACCGCAUGCCUCACGGUAUACGUGGGAUGCUAUCGUUCUGUCAAGCCAACACCUCCUUCGGAGACAAUGACUAGUGAGCAUGCAAUGCGUUUUCCGUUCGUUGGCAGUGCAAUGUUGUUGUCAUUGUUCUUGCUUUUUAAAUUCUUAUCAAAAGACUUGGUGAACGCAGUCCUGACUGCCUACUUCUUCAUACUUGGGAUCAUUGCUCUUUCGGCCACUCUCUUACCUGCAAUUGCACGGUUUCUACCAAACAAGUGGAAUGAUGAUGUAAUAAUAUGGCGAUUCCCAUACUUUCGCUCUUUGGAGAUUGAGUUCACAAGGUCUCAAGUUGUUGCUGCUAUCCCUGGUACCUUUUUUUGCGCAUGGUAUGCCGCACAGAAGCAUUGGCUGGCUAACAACAUAUUGGGUCUUGCGUUCUGCAUUCAGGGAAUCGAAAUGCUUUCUCUUGGCUCUUUCAAGACUGGUGCCAUUUUGUUGAGUGGUCUUUUUGUAUAUGAUAUAUUCUGGGUUUUUUUCACACCAGUGAUGGUCAGCGUUGCCAAAUCAUUUGAUGCACCUAUCAAGCUUCUGUUCCCGUCAAGAAUCGUUGCACGCCCCUUUUCCAUGCUUGGUCUAGGAGACAUUGUGAUUCCAGGAAUCUUUGUAGCGUUGGCAUUACGAUAUGAUGUGUCAAGAGGGAAGCAGAGCCACUACUUUAAAAGUGCUUUUGUGGGGUAUACAGUAGGUUUGGUCGCCACAAUUGUUGUCAUGAACUGGUUCCAAGCUGCACAGCCGGCUCUAUUAUAUAUCGUUCCAGGAGUAAUUGGGUUCUUGGGUGCUCAUUGCAUAUGGAAUGGAGAAGUCAAACCGUUGUUGGAGUUCGACGAGUCAAAAACAGCUAGUUCAGGAGAUGAAACAAGUAGCAAGAAGUUGGAGUAAAAUUUGGAAACGAUACAUCUGUUUUUCUUACAAUAGGUCAUUUAACUUAUGCAAUUUUCAUAGACGUUUACUAGAUUUUCUAUAGUCCUUUCGACCAUUAAUAUAUUUUGGUUUUUUAUGUAUUUACUUUACUGUAUCAGUGAUAGCUUCUGAUUUAUCUUAUUUCACAUGUUUAUUGAUA